AUGUCCACAAAUCCCUUCCGUAAGAGUAGUUCAUUGAAAGGUUCUGGCGGAAGCAACACUCCUACUCCUAGUCUCACAUCGGAUCCUCGCGGCACCAGUCCUGGCGCUCUUUCUCUUGAUACCAGAGUCCACAUUCCCCCGCAGAAACAUGUAAACUUCGCUUCUCCUCCGGCCAUUCCCAUCUCGCCGGUCUCCUACCCACCUUCGCCUGAAUCUACGCGACAAGAGUUCCCAUCUACCUUCUCGAGCCCGAAAUCCCCUCUGCCCGCGCCGACAGACUACAGCCAAGCACUUGCGAGCGAUCCUUUUGCGGCCGAAGCUUCCGACGAGGAUGAUAAUGCCAUUGAGCAGGCGUUGGAGAACGCAAGAGUGAACAAUGAGAUAGUUGCACCUGUAUCAGUUCCGACGAAGGUCUCCGAAGAAGAUGCUGUAAAAGAGACGCUGGGGCGUUUUGCAAGCAUCCCACGGCGACCGGUCAGUGGUCAAUCGACCGUCGCUGGGAAAGACCCUGGCAGCUCCUCGAAACCGACCAUGGACGUGGACGCAUUCAAGAGGAUGUUACUAAAAGGAGAUCGUGGCCCUUCUUCAUCCCGCGAUACAGCGGUGCAGAGUGUUCAAUCAGGUCCCAAUCCUGUAAGUGACAGUGGUUCCAGUGCGGACACAGCGUCUAUCUCACAACGCUCGAUAUUCGAGACUGUACAAAUUGCGCACGAUGAAAGUCCUCGAACGUCGGAUGAUCUAGAGGGUAAUGAGGCGAACAUAUAUCGAGCGCAGCUUGGAACUAUCUCGGAGAAGGGAGAGAAACCCCCGCCGCCAAAGAGCAGGCGCGGGAAAUUCCUCAAGGACCGGGAGACGGAGCAAGGACCAACAGCCAAGUUUGACAGCUUUAUCAAUUCGCUGACGUUGCCCGGCACCCGCAAUGUCAGCUCAGAAGCACCGAGUCUGAAGUCGCCUUCAAUUGACGAAACCCCUAGUAGCGAUCGACUUGCCAGUGCCGGACAGUCUGAUACUCAAAAGAAGGUGCCGCCAGCGCCUCCGUUAACUCGACGGAAGAGCCAGCAAGCACCAAAGAAACCAGUAUUGGCAAGAAGCAGCUCAUCUCGCUAUUCGGUCUUCAGCGAGACGGACGGGCCUCCGAGCCCAUCCUUUUCCAGCUCUGGAACGAAACCUCCGCCGCCACCUCCAGCGCGACGGAACAACGGGACGAGCGACCGUCGCCCAUCACUCGAUGUGGCCUCGAUUGCAGAGGACACGAACCUAGUGGAUGGGGAAACAAGGCCGAGCCUCAAUUCCAGCCCAUCCUACUCGAGGCGACUGAGCCAGGGACUACCACCUCCACUACCACCUCCCCGGCGAGGAAGAGGCUCUAGUCGAAGUAGUAUGGAGACUACGAGCCAUCAAUGGCGCACCUGGACGUGGCAGAUGGCGGAGGAAGUGAUUUAA